AUGGUCGCUGUCAAGGACUACAUCCGUGGCCGCUCCAUCAGGGCCGACGUCGCCAGCCGCACAAAGGCCUCGGAGCUGACGCUGCGCCAGUCCCUCUUCCCGCUCAUCAUCGUCACCGCGCUCUUCUUCCUCUGGGGCUUUAGUUACGGCCUCCUCGACACGCUCAAUGCGCACUUUCAGCGCGUCUUGCACUUUACCCCCUCGCGGUCCUCUGGUCUGCAGGCGGCGUACUUCGGAGCUUACCCGCUGGCUUCCAUUGGCCACGCCGCCUGGAUCCUCCGCCACUACGGAUACCGCGCCGUCUUCAUCUGGGGGCUCUGCCUCUACGGCAUCGGCGCCCUCUGCACCAUUGCCGCCCUCAAGGCCAAGUCAUUUGGCGGCUUCUGCGCCUGCAUCUUCAUCAUUGGCAACGGACUCGGCUCGCUCGAGACGGCCGCCAAUCCCUACAUUACAGUAUGCGGCCCUCCACGAUACGCGGAGCUGCGCAUCAACCUCUCCCAAGCCUUCAACGGCAUCGGCACCGUCGUCGCCCCCGUUCUUGCCUCGAAAGUCUUUUUCGCAUUUAGCGACGAGCGAGCCCAAGCCAACGUUCAAUGGGUCUACCUCGCCAUUGCCGUCUUUGUCUUUUUCCUCGCCGCCGUCUUUUUCUUUGCCGAUAUUCCCGAAGUGACCGAUGCUGACAUGGAGUUUCAAGCCGAGGAAACGACGACAGAAGCCUCCGAAAAGCCCUUUUGGAAGCAGUACAAGCUCUUCCACGCCGCCUUUGCCCAAUUCUGCUACACGGGUGCCCAGGUCGCCAUUGCCGGCUACUUCAUCAACUACGCCAUGGACACGCGCCCAGGCACCUCGCGUAGCCUCGGCUCCAACCUUCUCGCCGGCGCGCAGGCCGCCUUUGCCCUCGGCCGCUUCGCCGGCGCCGCCAUCAUGAAGUACGUGCGCCCGCGGUACGUCUUUGGCGUUUUCCUCACCUGCUGCAUCAUCUUCAUCAUACCCGCCAUCACCGGCCGCGGCAACACGGGCAUCGCCAUGCUCUACGUCGUGCUCUUCUUCGAGAGCGUCUGCUUCCCGACCAUUGUCGCGCUGGGAAUGAGGGGCCUCGGCCGCCACACGAAGCGCGGCAGCGGGUACAUUGUCGCCGGCGUCGUGGGCGGCGCGUGCGUGCCCCCGCUGACGGGCAAGGUCAUUGACCUGCACGGCUCGGGCACCGCCAUGGUCGUGCCCCUGGCGUUCUUCGUCGCGGCGUGGUCGUAUGCGCUGUGCGUUAAUGUCGCGCCGCCGUAUAAGCGCGUGAUUGACUCGUUCAACGAGACAAAGGUCGGCAUCGAGCCGACCGUGGAGCACGAGGAGAGGCGGGUCGAAUCCAAAGACGGAUCGAUCUAA